AUGAUCUGUGAUAGAUCUGUGAUCUACGACCUUGAUCAUGUUAUAUAUGAUGUAAUAAAAGACUCACUGAUAAGAGAGUUCAUAUACUAAAAUAAAAUAAAAAUAAAAGCCAAUAAAAGCUCUGGAUAAGAGCAUGAUAAGAGGUUAUAGGUUAUUUUUGAUUUUUGAACCAGCAGAAUACCAGAAACCAGAACCACAGCCAGAACUAAUAAGUUGAGUGUUGAGUGUGUGGUUGAGUGUACGACAAAAAUAUCUCUAUGUUAAGUUAAGCAUAUUCAAGUGAAACCACUCUUUAAGCACAGUAUUAAUUAUUGUAUUCAUCAGAGUAAUCAAGUAUCCCUAAGCUAGAAGUAUUUUAAAAUGGGCGACAGUGUGAAAAUAAUUAAAGAGAAAAUUGGAUUUAUAGGGGGAGGAAAUAUGGCUAAAGCAAUCUGCGAAGGAAUUACCAAGAAAGGUUUAAUUAACUUCGAACAAGUCUACGUAUCAGGACCAAAUAUUGAAAACCUAAUAUGGUGGCAAGAACGUGGUGCCAAUGUAACCACAGAAAAUGGCAAAGUGGUACAACAUGCAGAUGUUAUAUUUCUAGCAAUGAAGCCCCACAUUUUACCUAUUGCAAUUGCUAACGUACAUGAAACACUAACUGUUCCAGUCAAAUCAAAGUUAUUUGUAUCAGUAUUAGCUGGUAUUCCUUUACAACAACUUCAAAAUGUUUUGGGACCUUUGGAAGAAAAUGCUAGAAUAAUUCGAGUUAUGCCAAACACUCCAAUGUUAGUUGGAGAAGGUUGUACAGCAUUUUGUCCAGGAGCCAAAGCAACACCCCACGAUAUAGAUCUGGUUAAAACAGUUUUGGAAGUAUCUGGAGUGUGCAAACAAGUCCCAGAAUCAAUGAUUAAUGCUAUUGGAGCUUUAGCCGGAAGUGGACCAGCUUUUAUAUAUUUGGUAAUAGAGGCGCUGGCUGAUGCUGGUGUUAAACAAGGUAUUCCUAGACAGAUGGCUAUUGAAAUGGCCGCUCAAACUACCUUAGGAGCAGCCAAGAUGGUUCUUGCCACUGGAAGACAUACAGCAGUUCUCAGAGAUGAGGUGUGCUCACCUGGAGGAACUACAAUUACUGGUGUACAUGCCUUGGAGUCUGGAGGUGUUAGGGCAUCUUUAAUUAAUGCUGUAGAAGCGGCUACUAAGAGAUCCCAAGAAUUAGGUGAAAAAAAGAGUAGUUAAGUAAUCAGUCUAAAUAUUACAAUAAGUAUUUCUGACUUGAAAAAGGUAUAUGUAUUUAGUCCUAAAUCUAAAGACACAAGUUUGAAUUUCAAUCCAUAGACCUAGAGAACCACACAAAUGAAACUGUAUUUUUAUAAUAUAAAAAUAUUGUGAUCUUUGUAUUAUUUAGGUAUUAUCAUCUUGUAUUAGUCAAAGGGAAUAGUAUUUUAGGGUAAUAAAAAGAUAUUUGUAUUACUAAUUGUAAUCUAGCUCAAUGGUUUACAAAGAAGUAUUAAUAAUAAAUAAUUGAGACAUUAUUGCAUACUAGGUAUUUAAAAGCAAAAGAAACUGGAUGCUCAUUUAAUCCAGUGUCUGCCAGUGUAUAUAUGUACCAUUCUAUCGAAAAAAGGCGUCUAGGUGGACGUCAAUUGGACGCUUUUUUUCGAUCAGACGGUUAACAUACAAAUUUGUUAAUUUCAUUUUACUAAUUUUUCUUGUUAUGUUCAGAAGUAUUCUACAAAUUUUAGUAAUGGAAUUUAUGUAUAUAAAUUGUAUAUUUUAGUGAAAUAUAUAUUUAUGAAAAGUAA